CUUCUCGCGAUGUAAACAAACAUGGCGGCAAAACCAAAACAUUAAAUUUGAGCUUUCGAAUUUAAUACGAAAAGCACUAUUUCUUUUUCAGUUUUAGUCUUCCGUUGGAAAUUGUACAUUCAACAAUGACAUCCUUGUGGCAACACCCUUAUGUGAAUGUAUUUAAGCACUUUAAUGUGUCAUCAUGGAAGAAGGCCACCAAAGAAGGAGAGGUUACAUCUGCCAUGGACAAGUCUGUGAAGUCCACAGUGUUCAAGAUUACGGGAUCCAUACCUGCUGGCAACUACAUCCAGCUGCCCAAGACCAGCACACAGUCCCUCGGCCUCACUGGUCGAUACAUGUACCUGCUGAUCAAGCCCAUUCCCACCAAGUAUUUUGUGGUGCACAUUGACAUUGCCACGCAGGAAAAUCUUGUGGUUCGGAUAUCAUUUUCCAACCUGUUCAAGGAGUUUAAGUCUACCUCGUCAUGGCUUCAGUUUCCAUUUGUUUGCAAAGCAACCAGAGGAACUGUGCAUGCUGUGACAGCAUUAUCUGGAAAAGAGCAGAGUGGCCCGGCCCCCCUGUCCACACGCUGGACUAUUCUGUGCCUGGAUUUCCAGUACAUCCUCUCAAUGUACCUCAACAGACGCUAUGCCUACAUCAAGGGAGUGAGACUCUGUGCCAACAUGCAUGUGAAGAACAUUUUCACCAGCGAUAUACAGUAUGAACCAGGCUUGACUGUAGAGCAGGUAAAGAGAGCGGGGGGACUGUCAGGUGUGGAACCCCUCCCCCGUGAGCUUGACUACCCCGUCAUGAAGGGGGACCGCUGGCAUGACCUCUAUGACAUGAUCAAGUUCCCAGCAGAGGCCAGCAAUAAACCUCAUGAUACUAUUCAGUUUGUGUCAUCAGAACCCUCAACAAAAGCUGUAAUUCCGACCAAUAAUGGGCCCAGAAGAAUAGAUUCCCGGAAGAUUGAUGCAAGCAAGUGUGUGUCUGAUAGAGUUUCAAUGAUUCACAAUGCCACCAAGGAAAAGCCCUUCAAGCGUCGCCCAGUGACCUCAGAGUUGCCGUCAGUGGGUGUGGAUGACGUGCUGGACAUACAUAGGGACAGGGAGGGGGAGAUACACGUGUUUGCACACCCCGAGGAUGGCGUGAUCCUCCAUCAAGAUGACAGGUCCACUGGGGAGAGUCAAAUAUCGAGGGUAGAUAAGUCAGAAGAUAUCUUGCCAAUCAACAAGAAGCAAUCGUACAAGGGACUAGAACCAGAUCCCAUCAUGAGGCUGAAGAGAAUCAUCGGCUUUGGAGGCAGCACUUUCAGAGAUGCACUGUGGAUGGAAGAUGGACUGUCCCUCAUUUACCCUUGCCAUGCAGUUGUGGUUGCAAUGAAAAUAUCCAACGGUCAUCAGAGAUUCUUUAUUGGACACACGGACAAAGUGUCUGCCAUAAGUAUGACUGGCAACUCAGAGCUGCUGGCCAGUGGUCAGACUGGACCCUUGAGUGUGGUGAGGAUAUGGAGAGUAGCCAGUGGGGAGUGCCUGGCCCUGUGUAAAACACAUGCACACUCCCUCUCCUCUCUCAGUUUUUCACAUAAAGGGACAAGUCUGUGUGGUGUGGGGAAGGAUAGCCAUGGCAAAAAUCUGGUUGUGAUCUGGAACACCAGCAAGGUUGGCAAGUCGCGUGAGGUGACUGUGAUGGCCAAAGCUCACACAGACGUGGACAUCACCAGAAUGAGGCUGGCUGCAUUUGAUGAUACAAGGAUGGUGUCAUGUGGGCGGGACAAUGUGAGGCUGUGGCGGGUGAAGGAAGGCUCUCUACGGUCGGCCCCCGUCAAUCUGGGGGAGUACCAUAACAUGGAGUUCACUGACGUUGCCUUCGAGGCGGGCUACAACCCUAGCAAGGAUCCAGCAGAUAGACUUGUGUAUGCGUGCAGCAGGUCCGGUCACAUCUUUGAGAUUGACCUGAAGAAGGUGUCUGUACAGCAUGUAAGGAGACUGCUGCCCAAUGAGGCACGAUCUGACAAGGACAAGCAGACCUUCAGAUCAGGUCCUGGGAUAGCUGUUAACAGCAUGGCUGUUAAUGAAACAUUCUGUGUGACCGGGUCUGAUGAUGGUUUCAUGAGGUUAUGGCCCCUGGACUUUGCCCAUGUGUAUCUAGAGGCAGAGCAUGAGGGCCCUGUCACUGCUGUCGACUUCUCUGCUGAUGGACUCAAAAUACUGGCUGGAACUCCCAUGGGUAACCUGGGUAUGCUGGACAUCACAUCGCGUGGCUACACGACCAUGAUGCGGUCCCAUGUGGGCAGCAUUCGUAGUGUGGCUGUGGAUCCCUACCGCAAGCAUAUAGCAACCGUUGCUGAGGACAACACUAUCAGGGUCUGGGACUCUGAGAGUCUGCAACAGCUGUAUGACUUUAGCGCUCCCAAUGAGUGCCCAUGUACCAUCAGCUAUCACCCAUCCAGGCAGAUCUUUGCCUGUGGCUUUGAGAGCGGAGUGGUGAGGGUCUUCAAUGUGCAGACUACUACCAUGCUGGCAGAGCACAAGCAACACCGAGGCAAGGUGACAGGGCUGUCAUUUAACCCUAAUGGAGACUACCUGUACAGUUCCUGCUCGCUGGGCUCUCUAGCCAUGUAUGAUGCCACGUCAGAGAACUAUCCACUGCUACGUCUCCUAGGAAACACGACUGCCAGGGGAGAGAAGUACUGUCCAGACGGCCUUGCAGUCAGCCCAGAUGGCAGAAGGGUUGCCUUCAUUGGGCCUACAGAGUAUACUGUGACAUUUGUGGAUUCCAAGACCCUAGAUGAAACAAUGCGUAUUGAUGUGUCCAGUGUCGGCCAGUCAGGCAAGUCCAGAGUGGACACAGCCACCAGGAUAUAUUACGCCCCUCAGAAGGUGGACCAUCUCCUAGUGGUCACUGCACACAACAAACUGCUCAAGUUUGAGGCACGCACUGGCAGGAUCCUCUCUGAGAUUGAGCACAUCCACAAGAACAGCUGCUCAUCCCUUGCCCUGUCUGAGAACGGCCGGUACCUGGCAACCGGUGGGGACAAGGCCAUCAAGAUCUGGGACUACAGCAUGAAGCUGGACAUCAACUUUCAGUUAUUUAUUGGCCACUCAGAGAACGUGUCCCGACUGAUAUUCACUCCGGACAGCAAGAACCUGCUCAGUGUGGGUGAGGCCCUCUAUCUGUGGGACUUCCUGGCUUACAGGCCCCCUUCUCCCUCAGAAGGGAGAGAAUACAGAGAGAAGGACUUUCUGACAGGUAACACUGGCAAGCCCACAAGUGUGUCAUUCCGCAGCUCCAAGACACACGAACACAGUCCCGGGCGGGAGAGUCCAAGCUACUCGUUCCUGGACCACCCCAGGCAGACACCCCCAAGACCUACCAGAUUGGACUCUCCUGGCAGAAUAGGUGACCUCAGCUCCAUACAGAGGGACCCUUAUGAAGAUGAGGUGGAGUCUGUAGCCUCAGAGAGGGAGCCAGUGCUGGCUGCAGCCCCGGGGUCCCUGGGGAGACAUAGACCUCAGUCUGCACUAAAUGGCUCCUACACACAGAACACGGAUGAACCGGAUGAAGAAAGUGUGCCUAUAAGCAAUGGUCAAUAUGGUCAACAUUUCACCAAGCACACCACCCCAGCCCGCGUCCCAUGCAAGCGGGCUGCACCUGCCGGCAUGACGACCCGUAAAAGGCACUCAGAGCAUGAGAUAGUGAGACCUGCUGCACACAAGCACUUUGUACAGAGGGAGAAGAAGCAUGGCAUGGCACAGCGUCGCUACACGGCUCCCCCCAACCAAGCAGGAGUACGACUCAAGUCAGUGAUAGGCUACAAUGGCAAUGCCAGAAACAACAUGGUCUGGCACCCAGAUACUGGUCUGUUUGUGUACACAAGUGGCAACACAAUCAUUUUGGAGGAUCUGAACACCAACUCCCAGAAGCACCUUGCUGGCCAUGUGGAGGAAAUAUCCUCAGUCGCACUGCAGAAUGACUGUCAGGUGCUUGCGUCUGCCAGUGGCAGUUUUGACAUGUCUGGCAGCCAGAUCUGUAUCUGGGACCUACCCAGCCUCGUGUGUAAGAAGGUCCUCACCCACCAUGAGUACGACAUUGUGUGCCUGGCAUACUCCAGGGAUGACAAGUUCCUCAUCUCUGUCGGUGACUACAGGGACUGCACCAUUGUGGUAUGGAGCACACAGAGUUACUGCAUCCUGACCACGUCUAAGGCUGCCAGCCCCAUACACCACCUGCGCUGGGACCCGUACACAGUGAAUGAGUUCUCCUCUGUCGGUCAGAACGGCACGGUAUUGUUCUGGCUCCUUGAUGAGACCACGUCAAACAUCGGCCUCAAUGUCCACGAGGGGGAGGUCCCAGACGACCUGCUCUACAAGAAAUCUAUGGGUCUACGAAAGGAGUGUGUUGAGUUCACGUGCAGCGUGUAUGCAGGGGACAGCACUCUGUAUACAGGCACGGACAAUGGCAAGGUGGCAGCAUGGGACACCAACAACAACAGCUGCUUCAUGCACUGGGAGGCAGACAGCUCAGAAAUAGGGGUGAUCAUCAGUUGUGGGAACCUCUUACUGACGGGCAGUGUGGGCAGGAACCUGCGGGUGUGGUCGGUGGUGGGUGUGGGAGAGAUGCGGUUGCCGGGGGAGACACAGAACGUCCGCACGGGGGGCCUCACCAUGGAGGAUGAGAUGAAUACAGAUGGCGCUGUUGUGUCUGCUGCAUUUGAUGAUGCCAUGGAAAUGGGAAUAGUAGGCACAUCAGCAGGUACCCUGUGGUACAUCAACUGGUCAGAGCGCACCAGCAUCAGACUCGUAUCGAGUCACAUGAACAAGGUGAACUGUCUGUCUCUGUGCAACAAUGAUCUGCUGGCCUCGUGUGCUGAUGACGGCAGUCUGAGAGUGUGGGCCAUACAGGACAGGGAACAGGCACUGCAGUUCCAGGUCAAGGACCAGGCAUGCACGUGUCUGAGUUUUGCACCAGCGUCUCAUGUGGGCAGGUACAGCUCGAGGUCGGAGGUGGAGGCAGUCUCCCACACGCUGCCCCACAUUGUUGCGGGCUACAGUGACGGUACGGUGCGCAUGUUUGAUGUCAACAAGGUGGAGAUGGUGCUCAAGAUGCAUCCUCACGCCAGCGCGGUCACAGCCAUCAGCUUCUCAUCAGAUGGUUCCAUGAUACUGUCUGGAGGUUGUGAUGGCCUGAUAGCGGUCAGCAGCCCAGCCACGGGGGUCACUGUGAGGGUCAUCUCAGACCACAAGGGCGCCCCCAUCACCAACAUUGACGUCACAAACAAACUGCAGGACCAAGAUGUGGGUGUGUCUGCCCCUCUCUUGUGGUUGGCCACAAGUGCUGACAGGCGUGUCAGUGUUUGGUCGGCUGAUUGGUCGAAAGAUUUCUGUGAGCUUGUUGAUUGGCUGACCUUCCCUGCACCAGCAUUUGGACCUGACGGCAAUUUGCUACCUAAGGACGACCCGAGAGUGUACAGCCAGCUGCCCCCAAGUAUUGCGAGGUUCAGCCCAGAGGAGCCAGACAUUAUCGUGUACACGGGAUACGGCAUGCAGAAGAUCAUACAGUUCUAUAGCCUUGCUCAGAGAAAGGUGGUGCGCACACUCCCUCUCACCCACUGGUGUCAGAGCCUGGACCUGGUACUGGAGUGUCCGCUCAUAGCCGUGGGAGCCAAUGAGCGCCUACUGAAACUAUUGGACUAUUAUGAAGGAAGUUUCCAGGACUUUGUUGGUCACAAUGACAGAUUGCAAGCUGUAAAGUUCUCACCAGAUGGGAAAUACUUGUUCACAGCAUCACACGCGGAAAUAUUCAUAUGGGAUGUGACUUUAUGAGAAAGUGAACCAAAAACAUGCUCAGAGCAUGAAACGCAAAAUGUCAAAAUUAUGCAUUUUAUGAAAUGUAAUUGAAUUAUAGAGGAUUUGAAGAUGAUUAACAUUACUGGAUCUUCUCAUUUUGUGUAAGGGUGGGGGGGCUUAUUGAAAUCUUUAUUUAUAAAAUAGGAUGUAUAAUAUAAAUUUCCAAAGAAAAUGCUAAAAUAUACAAACAUGUAUGUGCUGCUUUUCCUUAUCCAUGCUGUGAUACCUGUUUUGGAUAUGUUUUCAUAUGUUGUACUGAUAUUAACUGCCAAUAUGAUAUGUUUUAUUUCGAUUUUGAAAUAGUUCUAUUUUUUCACUCAUACUUCUUUUAAGUGAAAUUUUAUUGCGACAUAUCUUUUGAGGUAUUAUUAACAGAAGAUAUUGAGCUGUUUUAAACAGACAAUAUUUUAGAAACCUGGUUCACAUGCAUGAACAGUUAAGUCCUAAUUUGUUGUAUUGAAUAGAGAAACAGAUCGUUAGGAGCAUUAAACCAGGAAAUUGGCAGGUCAAAUUUAUAAAUAUGUGAUCUUCAUUAACAUUCUAGUGUGAAAAUUUUAUUAUUUCCAUAUAUGUUUAUUAGUAGUGAUGCCUAUAGUAUGGAUGCCUAUUGUAGUAAAUGUAAAGCAUAGAAAGACAUGUUCAUGAUUGACUGGCAGCAUGCAAAUAAGUCUUAUGUUUUAUUAAACCAACGUAUUUCAAGACCAGCUUGCGGGUUUACUCAGUCUGCUGUAAGAAGCUACCCUGUCCACUAAAAAUUGCUUUACUUUCUAGCGGACAGUGUAUUUCCUAAUCAGACUAAGCUGAUGCGCAGGCUGGUCUGGAGCUAAGCUGGCCACAAUGUCAUAAGACCAAUUUCCGAAUGACGUGGCUCUAAUGUCAUUGGCAGUCUGUGGAAAAUUACAGUUAAAGGAUAAUGUCAACUAUUGUUGUACAAUAUAAUUAUGAAUAAUAUAUAAAUUAAUGUUUCUAUGGAAUGAAACUUCGUAUUUUCUAGCAGCUAGGGUUUUCAAAAUUCAGAUGAAUUUUACUACGAUUUAGCUCAUAUGCUUUAUGUUCAUAAAUGUACACUUUUUUUGCUAGAUAUACUGUUUUUUAACAACAACUUGCUGUUUAUGUACUAAAGAAUACAUUUCCAUUCUUUUUUCCGUCCAUUGGUAAAGACUUGUGUGUACAUAAUAAAAUGUAGUGUUUUAAUAAAAUGAUAUAUGAUAUUCACCUUAUUUAGUUGUAAAUAAAGCUGAACAGUAAAAUUCCAUGUCAAAUUUAAUACAAUUGUGCCAUUUCAGUUCAGUUAUGUGCAACACUUGACUACACAGCACAUGUCAAUCAAAGAUUGUUAAUCUCUUAUAAUUAAGCAACACACACUGACUUUUGAAUCAAAAUUUGUUGAGUAAUUUUAGUCCAAUUAUUUAAAAAACAUUACAAGAUAGUAUUCGCCAAUAAAUGAGGGUCCUCGCCUCAUAGUAAAAGAACACACAGUAUUGGAUGCAAUUGGAUCUAACUGGCAACAGUAAUACACUUCAUGAGUAAAAAAAAAAAAAAAAAAAAAGAUUUUUUACCUAACUAAUUGAUUUAUUAUUAUAACUAUCUAACUGAUAGUUUAAAAUUUCUAUACAUAACAAGAAAUAUACAACAAAUUAUUAAAAACUAAAUAGGAAUGAAUGUCUGAGGAAUAAUAAUUGAGGAAAUAUUGAGGAAUCAAUGUACGGGCUGUCAAUACAAUUGAAAAAUGUCCAGGUUGUUGAAAUAAUACUUGUAUUGGAAUUUUUGAUAGUAAACAUAACCUAGAAUUCAAUGUCAGCUUACAAAUAUUGUACAUGUCCAUGAUUGGUAUAUUGGUAUAAUGAGUCAUCGCUGCUUGACUGCAGUAUAAGACAGUUUGAUCUAGUAAAAUUUAUAAUUUAAAUACUACUUCAAAACAGUAUAGAUGUACAUGUAUGUUAAGCAAACAGAGAUUUUUUAUUCCCCCUGAACAUGGCCCCAGACAUCAGCUAGCUGUUUUAGGUUAUGAAGCUGGGAUUUUUUAAACAUCCUUUUGAAGUGAAUUGACAGGCAGUGAUUUCAUUUUUGAAUACAUUUAGGGCAGAUAGUUCCACAAUAUGUAUACCUAAACAUAUCCAAUAAUUAGUGUUUGAUGUUCAGGUGGUGUUUAUCAUAACUAAGUCUACUUAAAGUAUGGCUAUUAUUGCUAUAAAGGCUUCUCAAACAGAAAAUUUGACCUUUUUACUUUGAUGUUACCAGACCCUUUUAUUAUGUUCAUUUCAUGUUAAGAAAAUGUGUUAUGUGUUUUAACCCUGGUGGUUAACGUUGUGCUCAGGUGAGCUAAAAGUCUGAUAAAGGGAGACAAACUCAAAAUGUUCAUGGUUUCUGAUUGUUUAAAGUUAUACCCCACUUGUUUCAAAAUCAAUCUAUUUUUAGUCAUGGCGACCUUGACCUUGGAGAUAUUGAUGUAAUUCUUUCGUGCGACACACCGUCCAAUGAUGGUGAACAAAUGUGCCAUAUGAUAUUAAAAUCUCACAAUGAAUGACAUAGUUAUGGCCCGGACAAGCUCAUUUAUGGCCAUUUUUUACCUUUGGACUCAAAGUGUGAGCUUGACCUUGGAGAUAUUGACGUCAUUCUUUCGCGUGACACACCGUCUUAUGUGCCAAAUGAUUUUAAUAUCUCACAAUGAACAACAAAGAUAUGGCCCGAACAAGCUUGUUCCGCCCGCCCUCCGACAUUUGCCAAUCUAAUAACCAUUUUUUUCCUUCGGAAAACCUGGUUAAAAUCUUACCGGUAAAUAGCUUGGAUUGUUUAAUCCCUUUUUCACAGCAGUGAUACAGUAGAACAUGACCAAAGUACUUACUCCACACAAUUUAAGUAUGUGGGCAAUUUUUAGUGAUGCCAUACAGCAAGCUCCUUUCAUGUACACAUGUACACAAGUUCUCUUAUUAUUUUGUUUCAAUAUUGUGCAUUUCCACGCUAUUCUUUAAUAUGUGUUUAAAUAAGAACUAAAAAUUCAUGAAGAAAAGUUUAUUCCGUAAUAUAAAUAUAAGAGAAAUAGUACAUGCACUGAACCAUAAGAGGUAGAGAAAAAUUUUACUUAAUAAAAAGAAAGUCACAACAUUAUCACCAUGUAUUGUUAAAGGUAGAAAAUCAUUUAAAUUUUAACACAGUAUUCAGAAUUCAAAACCAAUUGAAUAAAUGCCCAAAUAUAUAUUUAUUAUGUUAUAUUAACUACCAUUGCUAUAACAACUUUAUUACUGUAUAUUAAAUAAGCACAAAACAAAACCAAAAAGUCUAGCAUGAUAAUGAAUCUCCAUAGUUUAUCAAUGAAUUAAACCAAUCUAAUUGAAAUAAUCUGCCGUCUGAUGCCACUACAGUAUCCACAGACUGGCAGUAAGAACUUUUCGCCUGAAUCUUAUGAUUCCAUUGUUAUGAAGUUGAACAGAAAUGACUAGACUAGAUAACAUCUCUUAACCAAAAGUCUUUCAACAUUUCCAAUCACUGAGUCAAAAGUUUAACCCUUUGCAUGCUGGGAAAUUUG